ACCGCAGAGGGAGGUUGUGUUAAAACUAUCGUAAAAUCAUACAUGAUUAAAAAUACGGCCGCAAUUAAUUACAUGAAGAAAGGCCGAGUCUAAGGGGUCAUGAUGAGAGGCCUGCUUCUGCUGGUAGCUGUGGGCAGCGUGUGGUCAGUGCCCCUACAGCAAUCACAUACACGACAGCAAACCUGUGGUUAUGAGAGCUGUCACAAGACCCAGCCAGACAUGUUGAACGUACAUAUAGUGCCACACACUCAUGACGACGUCGGCUGGCUGAAGACUGUCGACCAAUAUUACUAUGGGAGUCGAAACAUGAUCCAGAAAGCUGGGGUUCAGUAUAUCUUAGACUCAGUUGUAAAAGAGCUAUGGGAGGAUCCAAAGCGAAGAUUCAUCUACGUAGAGACCGCCUUCUUCUGGAAGUGGUGGGUGCGGCAGCCGAACCUCGUGAAGGAGAAGGUUCACACCCUGGUGAACGAGGGUCGUCUGCAGUUUGUGGGGGGGGCCUGGUCCAUGAAUGAUGAGGCAGCUGCUCAUUAUCAGAGCAUCAUCGAUCAGUUCACUUGGGGAUUGAGCAAACUAAACAAAACUUUCGGGUCCUGCGGUCGUCCGCGCGUUGGGUGGCAGAUCGACCCUUUCGGCCACUCUCGAGAACUGGCCUCUCUUUUAUCCAUGAUGGGAUAUGAUGGCCUCUUCCUGGGCAGGAUCGACUACCAGGACAAGUCCAGACGGCUCAGGGAUAAGGCUAUGGAGAUGGUUUGGCGAGGGGAUGAUGACCUUGGUCAAGCCUCUGACAUAUUCACCGGCGCCCUCUACAACACGUACUCGCCUCCUCCAGGGUUCUGUUUUGAUGUCCUCUGCGCUGAUGAACCGAUCAUAGAUGAUCCUGAUUCGCCCAUGUAUAAUGUUGUCGAUAAGGUACAAUCGUUCCUGAACAUAUGUUCAAACAUGUCCAAAAGUUAUCGUUCUAAUAACAUUUUGAUUACAAUGGGAGAGGAUUUUAACUACCAAGAUGCAGCGAUGUGGUUCAUAAACUUAGACAAAUUAAUUGAAUAUACGAAUCUGAAAGCGGCUAAGGAAAAUCUGAAUGUGACUUUGUUUUAUUCUACACCGGAUUGUUAUUUAAAAGCUGUUAAAGAUGCCAAUCCAGUUUUGCCUACAAAAGUUGAUGAUUUUUUUCCGUACGCGAGUGAUUCCACAGCCUAUUGGACAGGCUACUUCACGUCUAGACCCACAACUAAGUAUUUUGAGAGAGAAUCCAACGGUUAUUUACAAAUGGUGAAACAACUUCAAGUGUUAGCAGAUCUAGAGAAACACAAUCAAUUCGUAUUGAACGAACUGAAGAGUGCCAUGGGUGUUAUGCAACAUCACGAUGCUAUAACUGGAACAGAGAAGCAACACGUCACACACGACUACGAACGACUUCUAAACCAAGCCGUCGACGACGCUUUGAUAAUAGCCAAACAGGCCUUCAAUAAAGUAACUCAAAAGGAUGAUAAAAAGCCACCGAUAUUCGACUUCCAGAGAUGUCACCUGAACGAGUCGAGAUGUGACGUAUCGGAGAAAAGCGAAAAGUUUGUGGUCACAAUAUACAAUCCACUCGGUUGGUCUGUUAAAGAACCUAUAAGGGUCCCAGUUGGAGAAGGAUCUUAUGAAGUAUAUGCGCCUAAUGGUCAAAAAAUUAAAACCCAAAUGGUUAAGCUACCGAACCGAGUGACCGAUAUCCCGACUCGAUCGUCUAAAGCCACCCAGGAAAUAGUUUUCAUAAUAUACCUGAAACCUCUCUCAUACAAAUCUUUAUACAUCAAAAAAACAACAAGAACGAAAAGAAAUACUAAAAACUACAAUUUCUACUCACACAUCGACGAUUUUUGGAAAAACAUGAAAGUGCCUGAAAUCAAUAAUCUGCAAAAAGAUAUCAAUAAAGAUUUCAGUCUAGAUAAAGUGCCGUUAGCUCCUGUCUUUUCACCUGAAGUCAAUUUUGAUUACAAUACGAAUCUAGAUCUGUUGAAGGAUGGUAAGAAUGAUCAAGAACUGGCAGCUCUCGAGAGGUUUUUGCGGGAAUCUAGGCAGAAAACCAGGAAGGAAUGGGAUAAAAUGAAGGUCGUCUAUUCAAAUUUGUCUGAAGAAGAAAUGAGGAUGCUGUCAGAUGAACCCAGGACUGUGGAGAAGUUUGAUGAUGAUGUGGAGUUACAGAAUCAGUUUUACAAAUUAUCCAUCAACACGGCGAACGGAGCUAUAAAGCAAGUCACUUUCCCUGACCACACAACUUUAAACCUGUCUGUCAAUAUGUAUUACUACACCGGCGCGUGUGGUGACAACCAUGACACCGCCCAUCGGGCCUCAGGCGCCUAUAUCUUCAGACCCACUGUCACCACACCUACUAAAUUAAAAGUCCAAAAAUCAUCAGUUAUAACCGGAGAUAUAGUCAAAGAAUUCCGAGUGAAUUUAUUCCCGAACGGCUACACAAAUGUUAAGCUUUACGAUGAAUUGAAUUACAUAGAGUCAGAAUGGGUCGUUGGGCCUAUACCCGUAGCAGAUGAAAUCGGCAAAGAAUACGUUAUUAAAUACGAGACCAAUAUUCUCAAUAAUGGAGAAUUUUACACUGAUUCUAACGGUCGACAGAUGUUAAAAAGGAAAUUAGAUUUUAGACCGCAAUGGAAUGUUACAUUAGCUGAGCCAGUAGCUGGUAAUUAUUACCCAGUUACAAAUGAGAUUUAUAUUAAAAAUGAUGAUCUAAGAUUGACAGUUUUAACUGAUAGAUCUGAAGGGGGAACGUCACUCGUUGAAGGUGAAGUUGAGUUAAUGUUGCAUCGAAGACUGCUGUGUGAUGAUGCGUUUGGUGUAGGUGAGGCAUUAAACGAAACAGCAAUGGAAUCGGGACUAGUAGUGAGGGGAAAACAUCGAUUAUUCAUAAAUCGAGAUGAGGAAAUCCCUAGGGAAGUGUUUGGUUUGCAUUUAGGGCCACAAGUCUUGUUUUCUGAUGCGACAAAUGUCAAAUAUGACGAGUGGUUGAAAAUGGCGAACUGUCAUUCUUGGUUGGCAGAAGAAUUGCCCAACGGUCUACAUUUAUUGACCUUAGAACCUUGGGAUUCGAAACUACUUAUCAGAGUUGAGAACUAUCUAGAAGGUGACCAUUCUGAAGUGUCUGUCAAUUUAAAAGAGAUUUUUAAAGGAAUCGAAAUUAAGAGUUUUAAGGAGACCGUUUUGUCGGCGAAUAUGUGGGCAGAUGAGUUUAAUAAAUGGACGUGGAAGAAAGAGAACGAAUUUGAAGAAGAUGAAAUGAAAGAAAAGGAGAAAGAUAAUGGGUUUAAUAUUAGUUUGAAAGGGAAAGAAAUUAGAACUUUUAUAGCUGAUUAUGAUGUCAAAGAUAAUUAAAUGAUCAAUAUUGAUUUUGUAGUAUUGAUGUAUGAAUACCUAAAAUACAGAUUCCAUUCGUCAUGUAGCCACUGUCUGGAAUUUUGUAAAAUCAGCUUUAAGACAAUCAUGUAAGGUUUUUUUUCCGAUGAUUUGUUAUUGGUUGUAACUAUGGACUGUAUUUCGGCUGUUCAUACGUCAAUGUCUUAGUAUAUUGUGAUGUAAACUGUACCAAAUAAUAAUCUGUAUUUUUAUUAA